AUGUCUCUACCAUGGAAGAAACGCAAGUCGCGCCUUCGCAAGCUGCUAAACGCGGGACUCGAUGGAGACGACGAUGCUGAGGGUCUCGCACUGGACCGCAUUCUGCACGGGCAAAGUGUCAUUGGCAAGACUGCGAAGACUAAUCAAGUUGAUACACUGCGAUUCUCUGACAAGGAUCUGAAUAUGCUUGGUACGCUCGAAUACGGCCAAUACGGGAUCGUGCUUAUAUUCUAUUCUCAGAUUGACGUUGUGACCUGCAAGCUGGACGGCCGCGUAUACGUGCGCAAGUCGACAGAGAAGCGGUUCGCGAUGAAGAUCCAUGACCAAUGCUCUCCCCAAUUUGAGCGCGACAUCCUGUUGAAAGCGCGUAGAACGCAGACGAAAUGGGCCCCGCAUCUGCUGUGUGCGUUCCAGACGCCAACGCACCUCAAUCUCGUGAUGGACUACGCGGAAGCAGGCACGAUGUCGGACGUCCUGGAGUCCAGCCCGUAUGAAGGUAGGAUACCUGAAGACGACCUCAUGUGGUGGGCACCGCAGAUCGUCAGUGCGAUUGACUGGUGUCAUUCGCAAGGCUUCGUACACCGUGAUAUCAAGCCUAAUAAUUUUGUGCUCACUCCUACGUCGCACCUGAUGCUGAUUGACUUCGGCUCAGCAGCGCCGCUGCUCCCUCGACAGUCGGAUGGCAGCCAGAUGGUGCCCAAGCAACAUUGCCUUGUCCCGUGUGGCACCUGCGAUUACAUCUCUCCAGAGAUUCUCAAAGCACACGAAGAGGCUCUAGUAGAGAUGGAGAUGGCGGAUGACAUGUGUCCGCUCAUAACUCCGGCAGACGUUGGCGGAUACGGGCGCGAGACCGACUGGUGGAGCAUGGGCGCCAUGCUGUACGAGAUGGUGUAUGGAGCUGCUCCGUUCUUUGCGAAGGAGAUUCGCCAGACGUACGUAAAGAUCGUUAAUUACUAUAAAAACCUUAAGCUUGAUAAAUCUGUUCUUAUCUCAUCACAUCUACAAGAUCUCUUGAAGCGGCUGCUGACGGACGCAGAGCUGCGGCUCGGCCGUUGCAGCAUAGAUGAUUUGAAAAUGCACCGUUUCUUCCAAGGUACGGAGUGGUCCAGCCUUCAUCACAAACAACCACCAACUAACCUUCAUUUACCGCAGUUUACAUACUCAGCGCCAGUACAUCCCGAGGACGUACCUCAUGCAUGUUCUCCACCAGACGCGUCACAGUCUCGGGCGUACGCAUUCUCAGCCUUGUUUCAGUCGUCGCCCAUCCCCGGUCAAGGUAGUCCCCCUGAAACAUCCCAUGCGGUUGGGAGUGCGAACGCCCCUGGAGGUCGCUCGAUACUACGCGAGCAGCCUCUUGCCUCAUUCAUCGGUUUCUCCUGGGGCCCCGCGAGAGACGCGUUCAAGCACACGAACAAGGACCCGCUGCCGCAAGAUCAGCCUGUCCUGAACACGCCUCGUCCGCUCCGUCGCUCUGUGCCAGCUACGCCCUUCCCUCGCAUUCCUCUCGAGCGUGGCGACGGAACGCCAAAUGUCCCGCGCUAUCCGUUCGCCACGCCGAUGCGGCCGAACAGGGACGCGCCAUUCCACACAUUGCCUCGUGCAAGCACCGUCCGCCGCACGGUACAGCGUCGAGCCGUCUCCGACCGCGAGGCCAUGAAGCAGCUCGUGAGCUGCGUUGGCAUGAGUGCGCGGAAGCGUGUGCUCGAGAGCGGACGCAAACCGCGCAUCCUCACUUCGGCCAGUCGCUCAUCGCCGUUGAAGGAGCUCCGCUUCGACAGCUCCGUCGUUGUCGUGAGCGCGGCGGGCGCGGUGUCGUACAAGCUCGAGUCUGUGACGCAGUCUGACAGCACGUUCAUCACGUCGCUCCUGUCGGGCUCAGGCUCGGGCUCGAGCGAAAGGCUUGCCCAGGGUGCCCUUGGAGAGGAUGAUGGCGGGAUGGACGGCGAGUCGGAUUCUGACCUCCCGUCCAGUCCGAGCCCGAGCCCUAGACCGGGGUCUGCCCAGUCAACGAUGUCGAAGAGAAGCAGGAGCCGUUCAUCCACGACCUCGAGCUCCCACUCGCGGGGAAGCCAGGGUAGCAUCCAACCGACAGAGAUGAUCAAGCGACCUUUCUCUCCUCCCAUCUCAUUACCGCCGCUUUGGAGGCCGAAGUCGCCAUUGCCACCGCAAAAAUCCCAUCUAGACAUCUUUACAGCAGACCUUGCUCUGUCGGAUGCCACUCUGAAUGGCUUUGAUCGGAGAUACGCUAAAUUGAUGGAGGAUAUCUCACGAACGGAGCGUCGGCUGCAGAAAAUCUCCACGAAAUUCUGCAACAAGGACUAG